GGAGCACCCAGCGAGUUAUUCAACACCUGCGCCGUGUGUGGAGUCUUUCGGUUUGGACACUCUGGCUUCGUCCUGCAGAUGUUCCAGUUGCUGUGUCCAAGUUGACCGGUAAGUUUAAAAGAUGUGUAAAAGUAACAUAUUGUCACUCCAAAAUGUUGUAAACUCUGUUACAGCACAGGUUCACAGCUGUUUUCUGGAUAACAGAAACAUUUUUCUUUAAAAAGAAAUAACAUUUUUAUUACCAUAUUAAUUAUUCAUGUUUUAAGUUUGCUCUGCAGUUGAGUUACUGAGUAUCUCACAGAGGCUCACUGGCUUUGUUGGGCACAGUUGCCGUAUUUGCAUAUCAACUGACCCUGGGUACCUUGCUUUUUUUGUUUAAGGAACUUUCAGACAACCAUUGAUUUUAUCUUUGAAUCCUCUCGAUGGAAAUUAUCAGCAAAUAACAAGAAAUGAAACUACAUUUUGGCCUUCUAAAUCUCCUGGGAUUAUAGUUUCAGUAUUAACUUUCAGGAGUGACAAAAUGUUUAAUAGUUUUAUUUUGAAAAUUAUAUCUGACUCACCUCAGCAACCUGUCAACCAGGAAGUUGAGCCGGGUGUGGGACCUUUUAUGUGGGAGUUGUUCCUCAUUUCUCAUCUUGUGGCCACAAGUUGAAAAGGGCAGACAGGUGACUCCGUCACACAAACUUUCAUGUUACGUUGCCGUGUCUUUGAAACUUUGCUUCUGACAGCACCUUCUUGACAGCCACUUUAUUUUUCCAGUGUGUGAGAGAAGGAAAAGUUUGGUUCCAAGAGGAGUUGACUGUUAAUACAUGACUUGCUAAACAUGCUGGAUCCAAGAGGGAUUGAAAGCAGAGGAAGCCAGAGUGUGUCUACGGGGACAAACUUCAUGAACAACAAAGGCUUUCUUACCUCUGGUCCCAAGCCCCCAGAAUACAUCCAAGAUGUGCACAAGAAGAACACUGUGAAAGAACUGCUGAUGAUGAAACGGCAGAAAUGGAGCUCACAGGACAACAACGACUUGGAGCACAAGCAUAAAUCUUGUAAAUAUUCCUACUGCAAUAUUCCACCUCACUGUGCUCCCGAAAAUGGCCACAUGACCCCACAGCAAAUGCAACAGCCAGCUCUGCAGGGACAAGCGUCUCCAGCCACCGAAGUCAAACUCACUUUAUUUCACUGGCAACUGCAGCAAGAGGAGCAGAGGAUCGGAGGACUUUCCCCCGAGCUGCUCAACAUGCAGGAUGCAGAUGGUGACACAUUUCUUCACAUAGCCGUGGCCCAAAAUAGACGCGCCCUGGCUUAUGUGCUCGCAGCCAAGAUGGCUCGGUGUGGCUCCGUGGACACCAAGGAGCACAACGGGCAGACUGCGCUUCACAUCGCGGCGGCCACCAAUCAGCACUUGAUUGUCCAGGACCUGCUGACGCACAGGGCGCAGAUCAAUAGUCGUGACCUGUGGGGCCGCUCUCCUCUGCAUAUAUGCGCCGAGAAGGGCCACUUUCUCAGCCUUCAAAGCAUCUGGAGGACCCUGAUGGGGAGUGGGCAGCUGAUUGACUUAGAAAUGUUCAACUAUGAUGGUUUAACUGCACUCCAUGCAGCCGUAGUGUCUCACAACGCUGUUGUUAGAGAGCUGAGGAAAAGGGGAAAUCAUUGUGCACAUGUGACCAUGGAGCUAACGCAGAGGGCCCAGAUGUACGUAGAAUGCAUCAAGACUCUGCUGUUGAUGGGCGCCUCCUUUGGGACAAAGGAUCUAAAAAGUGGACGGACGUGUCUUCACAUGGCUUCUGAGGUGGCAAAUUUAGAUCUGUUCCACAUUUUCCUUGAGCAGCCAUCUUCACUCUCCGUUGUAAAUGCUAAGACGUUCAGUGGAAACACAGCCCUGCACAUGGUCAGCUCUCUACAUAAUCACGAACAUCAAGUGGAAGCAGUGAAGCUUCUGAUGAGAAAAGGAGCCGACCCCGGGAGCAGGAACCUGGAAAAUGAACUGCCAUCUCAGCUGGUGCCUGAAGGACCUGUUGGUGAAAAGGUGCGGCAGAUCCUGAAAGGGAAGUAUCGUAACACUUAAGUGAAGUUCAAAACCACUGUCAGUCAGACAGUCCAAUCUAUCAAAAUGUUAUUUGCCCAAACACGGCAGAUUGCGGUUGUUUCAGUGAAAUAUGCCAAAUUGUUCAUUACCAUGUAAUGCCAAAGAGUGUUUCUAUUGUAGAUCUUUUUUAUGUGUAGUGUGUUAGGCUUUAAGUCAAUACUGUAAUAUUGAGUGGACCUUCUCUGCAAGUGUACAUGCAUGUGUUGUGUUUCAUGAUAUAUGAUGGGGCUGCCACUGUGAUUGGCCCAGAAGCAGGCUAAGUGUGAGGCCAUUGGCUGGUGUGGAAGCAGGUAUGCCUUUGCAGUGUACGAAGACAUGUACGAAGGCGAAUUGUUUCGAGCAAUUUGGGGAACCAGGCACCGUCCCGGGUGGGGCGGCAAAUGACACAAUCACAGUGGCAGAAAUUUACUUUCUAUUGGUUUUGGUAUCUUCAUAUGUAAAAUAACCACUGGAUAGGUUUCCGUUAUUCACUUUUAUUUUUAUUUCACUUUCUUGUACUUUUGCAGUUUGCAGUCUUAAAAAUGACAUUCUCACUUUCAACAUUAAAGAUACAAAACAUGGCAAAUUA